GCAACUCGAGCGAGAAGGCCACUCACUAACGUUAGCCUCGUUAGCUAGCAGUUAGCCCGGCGGCUAACGGAGCGAGCCCAAACAUCAGGCUCGUCCCCCUCGCAGGCAUGGCGGCGACACCGCCUUCCCGGAUCGAGUGCGAACUGUACUACCUCAUCGCCAGGUUCCUGCAGUCCGGACCGUGUCAAAAAUCAGCAAAGGUUCUGCUGGAGGAGCUGGAGGAGUACGAGUUGAUCCCAGAACGAUGGACUUGGGAGGGAAAUAAAUAUAAGCGCACCUUCCAAGAUUGGGUGAUUUUGAAUGAGCACAUUCCCGCAGACUAUCUGCUGCGUGUCUGUAAGCGCAUCGGCCCGCUCAUCGAGAAGGAAAUUGCGCCGAGUGUUCCGGGGGUCCAAACGCUUCUUGGCUCGGGAAGACAGUCUUUGCUUCGCACCGCCAAAAGUUGUAGUCACAAAGUAUGCAGUGGCUCAGCCGUUGCUGCGCUCCACCGAGGACGCCCGCCGGAACCUCCAGUCAACAAUGGAUAUUCUGCCAAUGUUGUGUCGAUCAUGGGCGCUCGGCAGAGCACCGGCGCGGCUCGUUUUGGCCAGGCGCUGCCGUCUUCCGCCUACCAACACAUGAGGAUACACAAACGGAUCCUGGGCCACCUUUCUGCGGUCUACUGCGUAGUUUUCGACUGCACCGGUCGCCGAAUAUUUACGGGUUCAGAUGACUGCCUUGUAAAAAUCUGGGCCACGGACGACGGCCGGCUCCUCGCGACGCUCCGCGGCCACGCGGCAGAGAUCUGCGACAUGGCCGUCAACUACGAGAAUUCUCUCCUCGCUUCGGCCAGCUGUGACAAAAUCAUCCGAGUGUGGUGCUUGCGGACUUGCGCGCCCAUCAGCGUCCUGCAAGCCCACGCAGCCUCCAUCACGUCCAUUCAGUUCUGCCCUUCGGCCAGGGGUGCCACGCGCUACCUGGCCUCGACGGGGGCAGACGGCAUGGUGUGUUUCUGGAAGUGGCACUCUGUCAGCAUGAAAUUCAACGAUCAGCCCGUCAAAUUUGUUGAGCGUUCGCGUCCCGGGGUGCAGGUUUCUACUUCCUCCUUCAGCGGUGGUGGAAUGUUCAUGGCUACGGGUGGAAGCGAUCACAUGGUCAGGGUCUACUACCUUGGUGCCGAAACCCCCAUGAAGGUCUCCGAGUUGGACGCCCAUACGGAUAAAGUUGUGGUUGUCCAGUUUUGCAAUAACAGCGACAGUCUCAAGUUUGUGAGCGGCAGUCGGGAUGGCACGGCCAGGAUUUGGCAUUACCAAAAACAAGAGUGGAAGAGCAUCGCUUUGGACAUGGCCGCCAGACUUCCAGGGAGUUCUGUCGUCAACGGUGACGACAAAACCAAGCUGGUGGUGACCAUGGUGGCCUGGGACCGCGCAGAUCACAGCGUCAUCACGGCAGUGUCGAACUAUCAGCUCAAAGUGUGGGACACGAAUACCGGAGAGCUGCUGCACGUUUUAUCUGGGCACGACGACGAGGUUUUUGUGCUGGAGGCGCACCCUUUCGACACGCGCAUCGUGUUGUCGGCCGGCCACGACGGCAACGUUUACAUCUGGGACCUGAACAAGGGAGUGAAGAUUCGCAAUUUCUUCAACAUGAUUGAAGGUCAAGGUCAUGGGGCCAUUUAUGACUGCAAGUUCUCAGCCGACGGGCAGCACUUCGCCUGCACCGACUCUCACGGCCAUUUGCUCAUCUUCGGCUUCGGUUGCAGCCUGCGCUAUGAGAAGGUCCCUGACCAGAUGUUCUUCCACACGGAUUACCGGCCGCUUAUCCGAGACGCCAACAACUACGUCCUGGAUGAGCAGACUCAGCAGGCGCCGCACCUCAUGCCUCCGCCCUUCCUGGUGGAUGUCGACGGGAAUCCCCACCCGACACGCUACCAGCGGCUGGUGCCGGGAAGAGAGAAUUGCAAAGAGGAUCAACUCAUACCUCAACUUGGAUACAUGACUAACAAUGAAGGAGAGUUGGUCGAGCAGGUUCUCGGCCAGCAGACGACGGAAAAUGGAGGAAACAUUCUGGACAACCUCAUCAGGCAGUUGCAGAGCCAGCAGGAUGAGCAUCAGAAUGCAGAACUUCAGGUUGUUGAAGUAGAAGGUGACCAUGCAGCGGCGGCGGAGGGGUCCUCUCCCGACGUGGCUCCCCUCAGGGGUGGGCAGGCGGGCGCCGUGUGGCAAAUGCAGCACAAUGCCCUGCGCAGUCAAGUGGCCACCGAGAGGGACUUGUUGGCCUGGAGCCGCAGAGUGGUGGUCAACGAAUUGCCCCAAGGAAUUUUCCAUGUCAUGGAGGAGAGCAGACAAGCUAAAAGUGAUCGGGAAUGUUCUCUCUACAAUGCAGAAAGGAGAAAAAAACCAGCAAGUUGCCCGCCCAAGUCUGAGUCCUUGAGCACGCGCCUGCGCUCCCUGCGGCCGACGAAGAGAAAGCAGCAGCGCCACGCGUACGACACCCGCUCGGCUCAAGUCCGGCGGCCGCAGAACCGGAGCGCGCACGACGACAACAGCCAUGCGGACUCCGACAGUGAAAGAGAAGGAGCAGAACCGGCGGAGGCCAGCGGCGCCUCGUCCGAAAGCGAAGCCCAGUGGCAGAGUGAGAGCAGCUCCAGUGACUCCUCCAGCGAGUAUUCCGACUGGACCGCCGACGCCGGCAUCAACCUGCAGCCCCCGAAACGAUCGAGCAGGAGGCCCGUCCGGCUCUCCGGCUACAGCAGCUCUGAGGAGGAGGAAGGUGAUGACAAGCCCAAGGAGGAAAAGAAAAGGGAGAAUGAAGGGAAGAAGAAAAAGGCCAAAGAGACCAAACAGAAACCCACAACCUCUCUGGGUGGACUUGAUGCAGAGGCUUGGCUGCCACCCUCAUGGAUCAUGGAGACCAUCCCGCAUCGCUCCCCCUUCGUCCCACAAAUGGGAGAUGAGCUCAUCUACUUCAAACAGGGCCACCAAGCUUACGUCCGAGCGGUCCGCAGGGCCAAAGCCUACAGUAUCAACCCUCAGAAACAGCCGUGGAACAAACUCCAGCUCAGGGAUCAGGAGUCUGUGAAGGUGGUUGGAAUCAAGUACGAAGUUGGACCGCCCACUCUCUGCUGCCUAAAACUUGCUUUCUUAGACUCAAUCUCAGGGAAGAUGACCAACGACUCGUUUUCUUUAAAGUACCACGACAUGCCGGACGUCAUAGAUUUCCUGGUGCUGCAGCAGUUCUACAAAGAGGCGAAAGACCACAACUGGCAGCCAGGUAUGAGGUUCCGCAGCAUCAUCGAUGACGCUUGGUGGUUUGGCUUGGUCGAGGACCAGGAGCCUCUGCAGCCAGAGUAUCCUGACAGCCUCUUUCAGUGUUUUGCCGUCCAGUGGGACAACGGUGAGCGCGAGAAACUGAGUCCUUGGGACAUGGAACCCAUUCCCGAGGAAGCUCUGUUACCCGAGCACGUGGGUGACGGCGUGGAGGUGGCGGAGGAGGAGCUGGUUGCUCUGCUGUAUAAGCCUCAAGAGGGAGAGUGGGGGGCGCACGCUCGGGAUGAAGAGUGCCAGAGGAUCAUCCGUGGCAUCGAUCAGCUUCUGACGCUCGACGUGGCCAAGCCGUUCGCUUCGCCCGUAAAUCUCGACGAGUACCCUCUGUACUGCACCGUGGUGGCCUACCCCACGGACAUCAGCACGAUCCACAAACGGCUGGAGAACCAUUUCUACAGGCGGAUCUCCGCCCUAAUGUGGGAGGUGCGCUACGUUGAGCACAACGCCCGCACCUUCAACGAACCCCAGAGCCCCAUUGUGGCAGCGGCCAAAGUGGUGACGGACGUUCUCCUGCGCUACAUCGGAGACCAAAGCUGCACAGACAUUUUGAAUCUCUACCACAGGCUGAAAUUUGAGGUCAGCAGCGGCGAAGACGAGGCAGCAGACGUUGACGUGGACUCAGACACUCCGGGGACGUCUUCAGGACAUCGGGAAAGCAAGUCAAAGAAGCGGGGUGUGGUUUUGGACGCCAGAGCCUGGCGGGGCCAAUGCCGAGAGCUGCUGCGCAAAAUGAUCUCCUCUCACGAUUCUCAGCCUUUCAGGCAGCCUGUUGAUCUCUUUGAGUAUCCGGACUACCGAGACAUUAUUGACACUCCGAUGGAUCUGGGCACCGUGUCGGAGACGCUCGUCGCCGGCAAUUACGAGAACCCGAUCGAGUUCGCCAAAGACGUCCGGCUAAUUUUCAGCAACUCCAAAGCGUACACGCCAAACAAGAAAUCCCAGAUCUACACGAUGACCCUCAGCCUGUCGGCCUUCUUUGAGAAGAGCAUCAUCUCCAUCAUCUCCGACUACAAGUCGGCCAUACAGAACGAGCGGCGGGCUCGCCAGAGGGAGACUUACAGGAAUCGGUUGCACAACGGCGGCAGCUCGCCGACAGCAAGCUCCAAAAAGAAGCACAAGUCAGACACGGCGUCACAAUCCAAAAAAUUCCACACCUUGGCAAAGAACUGCUCUCAGAGACCACAUGCAGCACAGAAAAGCAGACGUGUUGUGGGGCAGGAGGACGACGACGACGACGAGGAAGAGCACGUCCGGCCUUCUUCUCCAAGUUCAGGGACAAGCGGCGACAACAGAAGCGGGCAGCAGCGCACAAAGCGCAGCCGAGCGACUCCGGCCAGGAAGUCAGGACUCCCGCCGCAGCAGCGCCACGGCGCGGCCGCCGCGCCUCGGUCCGACGACGACGAGUCCGGCUCCGACAGCUCCUCGUCCGAGACGGGCUCCACGUCGUCGCCGUCGUCUUCCUCGUCCUCCUCGUCCUCCUCGUCCACCUCCUCGUCCGACAGCGACAGCGGCUCGGACGGGGAGGCGGAGAAGUACGUGGAGGGCGGCGAUCACGACUACAGCAAAGCGCCCGGCCUGUCGCUGCGGAUCUCCUUGAAGGACAAGACGGUGACCCCGGGGAAGAGGAAACACAAAGGAGGAGAUGAGGACGCCGUGAAGGGUGCCAAGAAAGCGCGAGUGCUGCAGCUCCCGGAGGGGGAGGACGACGAAGAAGAAGAAGAGGAGGAGGAGGAGGAGGAGGAGGAGGUCGAAUUAGAGCAGCAAAUACACCCGCGGACUAUAAGACCUGAGGUAGAGGAAGAUGAAGAGGAGGAACCCGAUGAGGAGGAGGACGACGACGACGACGAUGACGAGGGGCCGCCGACAGCGGCGUACGCGGCUGCCGCCGAAGGCUCAAGUAGCGGCGCGUGCAACAAGCGUCAUCAGGUGAACACUCGGCGGCGAGGCCGCAAGACGGCGGCGCGCCCGGACGAGGAGUGCGAUGACGACGACGACGACCCGCUCAACCUGGGCCGGUCCCGUUCCGGGCGCGUCCGGCGCAUGACGGAGAAAGCUCGCGUCAGCCACCUCAUGGGUUGGGGCCACUGAACCUCCACAAAACAAGGAAAUACACUGCAGGGAUUUUUCUUCUUCUUCUUUUGUUUUGUACAGGUGUGUAUAUAAUAAAUUUAUAUGUAUAAAUAA